AUGCCGGUGAUGCGCCCUAGUUCUUUAGCAAGAAAUGGAGGUGGAGGAUCUAGAGGUCCUAGCCCUCAAAGAAAAGGUCCAAAAACGCCGACGUCGCCAGCGGGUCGAAAGCCAUCUCCUACAAAAGUACGGAGAAGUCCUGCUCAAAGUCCGCAAAGGGCUAGAGGUGGAUCAGGCCCUAGCAGUCCUGUUAAACCUACAAAUAAUACCAACAAUGCUAGAACUGCAUUGACUAGUUCUCAGGGCAGCGAAGCUGGAAGUAUAGACCUCUCCGAAAUAGGAAGCGAGCCAGGAACGCCCGAAGACAAUAUCAAUGUCGUAGUAAGGGUGCGACCGCUUAACAAAAAGGAGAUCGAUGAAGGUCAAGAAAUUGCUGUAGAGUUUCCUGGAAAUGGACAACUGGUUUGUGCGGCGAUUCCCGGAGGACCGGCGGGCGGCGCCCAGAAGCCCCGUCUCUUCUCCUAUAACGCGGUUUUCGAACCAGGAGCAACUCAGAGCGAUGUUCUGGAAUACAGCGGAAUCAAGAGACUACUAGAGAUGGCCGUCCAGGGAUUCAGUUGCACCUGCUUCUGCUACGGACAGACUGGUAGCGGGAAAACGCAUACGCUGACUGGACCGCCUGGACUGUUUGUAAAACAGAUAGAUCCCACAUCCGAAGAUCAUGGCUUAGUGUUUCGAUCCUUCGUUUAUCUCUUCAAAUUGAUCAAGGAGCAAAAUGAUUCGAGCUUUGUUCUACGGGCAUCAUUUUUGGAGAUAUAUAAUGAAAAGGUGAUAGAUUUGCUUAAUCCUGGAAAUUCGCGUAAACCGUUAGCCGUGCGUUGGUCGAAGAAAACUCGAGGAUUCUUUGUGGAAAAUUUAUUUACUGUAGAGUGUGAGGAACUUGAUGAUCUUUUGGCAGUUUUGGAAGAAGGUAUGAGGCAUAGAUCAGUGGGUUCCCAUAGAAUGAAUGCAACAUCAUCUAGAUCUCACAGUGUACUGACAGUACACAUAUUAUCAGAACAGGCUGCCGAAAAUGGUGUCUUUAUCUCAAAACAUGGAAAAGUGCAUUUUGUAGACUUGGCAGGCAGUGAAGUAACAAAAAAGACUCAUAGUGAAGGAAAAACUCUGGAAGAAGCUAAUAAUAUCAAUAAAAGUCUUAUGGUGUUGGGAUACUGUAUAUCAUCUUUAAGUGAUCCCAAAAGACGUCAUGGACACAUUCCAUAUAGAGACAGCAAGUUGACCAAAUUACUGGCUGACAGUUUGGCUGGAAAUGGGGUAACUUUAAUGAUUGCUUGUAUUUCUCCGGCUAGUUCAAAUUUGUUCGAAACUAUUAACACACUCCGUUACGCUGCAAGAGCCAAGAGGAUCAGGACAAAACCCAUCGUGGUUAUGGAUCCGCGCGAGGCGCUCAUCGUCAGCCUGAAACGCGAGGUGAACGCACUGCAGGCCGAAAAUGAACAUCUCAGAUCAGCCUUGAACCACAAAAAUGAAAUCAUGGGCAGAAGUUCACCUCUGUCCGCCGGUCCUCCUCCAGAAUCACCAGAUUUAGAACAACUAUCUGCCUUAGAUGGUGCAGAGUUGGCCCGUCUGGUUGGCCUCUACAUGGCCGAAAACCAUGCUUUACGUAAAGAAAAUCAGGAACUGCAUUCAACCAGGGAACAAAUAGUGCGAGACCAGGAACUUGUUUGCAGGGAAAACGAGCGUUUGCUCAAAAAACUGGAGGAUGUCAACACCGUUUGCUGCAGAUCGCCGAUAAUACAAGCCCGGUCCACAUAUUCGGCGGAAAUUUUGAAUAACGGCUCGGCUCACGAAGACACGUCUGAGGACAAUCUUUUGAAUGGAAGGGUAUCAGUGAAACCAGAAAUUCUCUCCAGGAUUGAUUUUAAGCCUAUCGAUAGACCUGCAACAGGACCGUCUCAACCAGUUGAGAAAAAUGGUGCAAGGAGAGAUUCUUGGAAAAGUUUAUCUCAUAACAGUCUUCUAGAGUGA